GUGUCUUCCCGCCGGAUUUGUUGACAAACAAGGCGACCUUACACCUCCUGGGGCAGGUUUUGAAAGGUGUAGCACAGGCUGUCUGCAGAUCCUUCAAUGAUGGACCUUCCCAAGUAAUUGGCAGCACUGCUGAGGGAAUGGCAGAGCAGCUCGUGUUUGAGGAGACCCAUCAAUAAUUAUUCUCGAGGACAGUGGCUCUGUAUGGAGGGUUGUGGUGAUGGCUGCAGCAGCACCAUAUAAAUGGAGUGGGAACAUUGUCGACAAACUUGAUAUCAAUCCCAGAAUAAUAAUGAGCGCUAAGAGAGCUGGUUAUGUGUCUAUUUUGAAUAUCCUACGGGCAUCGCAGAGUGAGCUGCAACAAAAACUUGGACUUGCAGCUGCAGACGUGGAGCAGCUAAUAUCUGCUGUAGCUGCCUAUGCCCUUCCCAGGCAAUUAUCAGGUUGGGAAAUAGAUAAUUCCAACACCGGCAAGUUGCUUCACAUUACCAGCGGUUGCCGUCUCCUUGAUGACUUCCUCGGUGGUGGAAUACCUGUUCGAGGGAUUACAGAAGUGGCAGGCGAGAGUGGCAGUGGGAAAACGCAACUUGCAUUACAGUUGUCACUUCAUGUGCAGCUUUCCCCAAGUAGUGGUGGCCUUGGUAAAGGUGUGGCUUACAUCUGCACCGAGUCACAGUUCCCGGCUGCUCGGCUUCAGCAACUGAUAAAACACAUGCAGAGAAACCAUCCCAAGGGACCCAAGUCAUACUCGGAUAACAUUUUUAUUCACCAUGUUCCAGAUAUGGACAGCCUGGUUGACUGCGUGCGAUACCAACUCCCCCAUCUCGUUCCUUCUCGUCAAGUGGGUCUGGUGGUGAUAGAUUCCGUUGCAGCUGCUUUCCGAGCUGAAGAUGGAACAGACUUGAAUAAGACGACAGCCCUCCAAACUUUAGGCUACAGAUUACAUCAAUUAGCCUCAUCACACAAAAUUGCUGUGCUAGCAAUUAAUCAGGUAACAGCUACCAUGGGAAAGCAGGACCUCUAUGGUCUUACCGCAAGUAUAACUCCUGCAUUAGGCUUAUCAUGGUCCAAUUUAGUGACAACACGUCUCAUGCUGACUCGCUCUAGCUCUUUUGUCAACGCUCGUCAAAUAUUGCCCAAGGAUGAAGAAGACAAAGGCUCAGGAUGGGAUAUUGUCAGGUUCAAUAACUCUCUAGAAUGUAAUGAGGAAGAUGCCAAGAAAGCUGUUGAAUACAAUGUAAGAGUACUGGAAGUGGUAUUCUGUCCUUGGUUAGAAAGAAAAUCCUGUUCAUUUGUUGUUACUGAGAAAGGAAUUGAAAAUAUUGUAAUUAAUACAGAAGAUUUGUGUGUGUCUUCUGUGUAGGAAGCUAACAUUAAUAAAUGCCAAAGACUUAAAUUUUUUUACCAAUA